GGCUCUAAGGGGCGGUGUAGCCGGCGGCUGGAGGCAGGCAGUGGUGGCGGAAGAGGCUAGGCGGCAGAUGGCGGCUGGGGCUCGGAAGCCUGUGUAAGCCUCCCCUUCUGUCCGAAGCCCUCACUGGCUCUCCCUCCCCCGGCCGCUCUUCCACCCGACACCCCACAGGGCCGCAGUGUGAUGACAAGUCCUGAGGAGGCGUUUCUGGCCUCGGAAAAUCAUUGUUAGGAGAGAUUCACAAUGACGUCCUUUCAAGAAGUCUCACAGACUUCCAACUUUGCCCAUGUCAUCUUUCAAAAUGUGGCCAAGAGUUAUCUUCCCAAUGCACACCUGGAGUGUCAUUACACCUUAACUCCGUAUAUCCAUCCACAUCCAAAAGACUGGGUCGGUAUAUUCAAGGUUGGGUGGAGUACUGCUCGUGAUUAUUACACAUUUUUAUGGUCCCCUAUGCCUGAACAUUAUGUAGAAGGAUCAACAGUCAAUUGUGUAUUAGCAUUUCAAGGAUAUUACCUUCCAAAUGAUGAUGGAGAAUUUUAUCAGUUCUGUUACGUUACCCAUAAGGGUGAAAUCCGUGGAGCAAGUACACCUUUCCAGUUUCGGGCGUCUUCUCCGGUGGAAGAACUGCUCACUAUGGAAGAUGAAGGAAAUUCUGACAUGCUGGUGGUGACCACCAAAGCCGGCCUUCUUGAGUUGAAAAUUGAGAAAACCAUGAAAGAAAAAGAAGAACUGUUGAAGUUAAUUGCUGUUCUGGAGAAAGAAACAACACAACUUCGAGAACAGGUUGAAAGAGUGGAAAGAGAACUUAACCAGGAAAAAGAAAGGUGUGACCAGCUGCAGGCCGAGCGGAAGGAACUUACUGAAGUUUCAGAAAAUUUAAAAAUGGAAAAUGAAGAACUUAAGAGGAGAUACAAUUAUGCUACAUCCAAAGCUGUGAAGCUUGAGGAAGAUAUUGUGUUAGUGACGAAUAAAGCGAUUGAAAAGGAAACUGAGUUGGACAGUUUGAAGGACAAACUCAGGAAGGCACAGUGUGAACGAGAACAACUUGAAUAUCAGCUGAAGACAGAAAAGGAUGAGAAGGAGCUUUAUAAGGUACAUUUGAAGAACAGAGAAAUAGAAAACACCAAACUUGUGUCAGAGGUCCAGACGUUAAAGAAUUUAGAUGGAAACAAGGAGAACAUGAUCACUCAUUUCAAAGAAGAGAUCGGCAGGCUGCAGUUCUGCUUGGCUGAGAAGGACAGCAUGCAGCGGGCCUACUUGCUCACCACGGCGAGUAAGGAAGAUACACUGACUUUAAAGGAGCAGCUUCGUAAAGCGGAGGAGCAGAUUCAGGCAAGCCGCCAGGAAGCCGCCUUUCUGACGAGGGAGCUCAGCGAUGCCGUGACCGUGCGAGAUCAGACCAUGGCGGACCUGCACGCGGCGCGCCUGGAGAGCGAGCGGGUCCGGAAGCAGCUGGCCGACGCCGUGGCCGAGCUGAAGCUGGGUGCCGCGAAGAGAGACCAGGAGAAGACGGACACACUGGAACACGAGCUGAGGAGAGAAGUUGAAGACCUGAAACUGCGUCUUCAGAUGGCAGCGGAUCAUUACAAAGAAAAAUUCAAAGAAUGCCAGAGGCUCCAAAAACAAAUAAAUAAGCUUUCAGACCAGUCAGCCAACAGCAACAAUGUCUUUACAAAGAAAAUGGGGAACCAGCAGAAAGUGAAUGAUGCCUCCAUGAACACAGACCCAGCUACUGCUGCCUCUCCUGCAGGUGUGAAGCCACUGCCUCCUGCAGAGUCAGAUUUUGACAUUGUAACAAAAGGGCAAGUCUGUGAAAUGACCAAAGAAAUUGCUGACAAAACAGAAAAGUAUAAUAAAUGUAAACAACUCUUGCAGGAUGAGAAAACAAAGUGCAAUAAAUAUGCUGAUGAACUUGCAAAAAUGGAGCUGAAAUGGAAAGAACAAGUAAAAAUUGCUGAAAAUGUAAAACUAGAACUAGCUGAAGUAGAGGACAAUUACAAACUUCAGUUGGCAGAGAAAGACAAAGAGAUAAAUGGUCUAACCUCGCAUUUGGAAAGCCUCUCCCGGGAGCAGGAACUUAAAAGGAGUCUAGAAAAUCAAGCAGAAGGGAAAAUGGAAGGUCAGAAUUCCCAGAGCCCCCCUCCGAUGCCGCAGGGUCUCAGCACGUGCUCUGAGCAGAGCGGCCACGUUCCGGCGGUUCCAGACUCGCAGCCCGUCCUGCAGUAUGGGAAUCCUUACGCAGCACAGGAAGCUAGAGAUGGAGCAGAUGGUGCUUUUUACCCAGAUGAGAUCCAGAGGCCACCCGUGCGAGCGCCCUCCUGGGGGCUGGAGGAUACGGUCGUCUGCAGCCAGCCUGCUCGGAACCUCAGCCGGCCUGACGGCCUGGAAGACCCCGAGGAUAGCAAGGAGGCCGAGGUUGUGCCCACCGCACCCGACCGACCAAGUCAGCAUUUGCAUGGGCAUGGAGCGGGCUUCUGCUUCGAUUCCAGCUUCGACGUCCACAAGAAGUGCCCCCUCUGUGAGCUGAUGUUCCCCCCCAACUACGACCAGAGCAAGUUCGAGGAGCACGUGGAGAGCCACUGGAAGGUGUGCCCCAUGUGCAGCGAGCAGUUCCCGCCCGACUACGACCAGCAGGGCUUCGAGCGGCACGUGCAGACCCACUUCGACCAGAACGUUUUGGAUUUUGACUAGUUCCUUUUCCUUGUGAGUUAACCGCACAGCUUAGCGGUGUAAAGAGAGGUCUCCAGCCGCCCACUAGGGGGCACACAGGCGGUCACUUCCCUGCCCCCCUACGGUACUUCUCUGACCAGCGUCCCCUGGAGUCGGGUGUUACUAGGUAGGGCCGGCCUUUGGCUUAUCAAUAAAUAGGAUUCUAACCUCUUUUUCUUAACUGCUUAAGAAAAGACGUUCUUGGGUGUUUGUAUUUUUAUUUAUUCCCCAAUUUGCAAAAUAUAUGACUUAAGGAAACAAGGAUUAUUUUAAUGUUGCUGCACUGAAAAAAUAUGUACUUUUAGUGUGUUAUUUAGCGGAAUAUUUGCAAGUUUCUGUUGACCUUGGUGAUUGAGCAUGACUACUAAUAUUAUGUAAUAAAAAGCAUUUAUCACGAAUCUUGCAAAGCGAUUCGUUAAAUACAGAAAAUUGCAUAAUUUUGCCCAUGAAAUGGCGUUUCCUCUUUAACUCGCUUUGGAAAUGGAGCCGUAUGUAGGAGAGCGCAGGCUUGCAGUACAGCAAAUGUAACCUUUGUACAUCGGACACGUGUGCUUUAGGACUUCACGGGAAGCACGUGUUGCUAACUGGCUCUGGUAAAGCAUCGUCAGGUUCUGUCCCUGUCGCGUGGGGCAGCGGAGCCGGGUGAGCCCGCACGGUUGCCCCACGUCACCUCUGCGUGGUGGUUUGUGGCAUCAGGUCCCAGAGAGUGUGUCCUGGCUUUGUUCACCUCUUCCUAAUGGGAGUAUGACUUUGAAAUAUCAUUCUCAGUAAUUAAAAAUGUAACCCACACUCAGAUCAAGGCAGUAUGUUUGUUUUGUCUCUGCUGUGUAUAGUAUUCUCAUUAAUAUUAAAGAGGGCACAUUUUUG